AUGGAGAAUAUGUUACUAACACUAUCAGACUCCCAGGGAGCAAUCACAUUAACCGUAAGCAAAGAAAUUGCUGAGAGAAUAAAGAAUGCAGAUACUACCCACUGUCCAGCAUCUCUGUCUCAGUGUGGCCCUUCUGUUACUCUGUCUCAACUUGCCCCUCCACGUCCAGCAUCUCUGUCUCAGUGUGGCCCUUCUGUUACUCUGUCUCAACUUGCCCCUCCACGUCCAGCAUCUCUGUCUCAGUGUGGCCCUUCUGUUCCUCUGUCUCAACUUGCCCCUCCACGUCCAGCAUCUCUGUCUCAGUGUGGCCCUUCUGUUACUCUGUCUCAACUUCCCCCUCCACGUCCAGCAUCUCUGUCUCAGUGUGGCCCUUCUGUUACUCUGUCUCAACUUGCCCCUCCACGUCCAGCAUCUCUGUCUCAGUGUGGCCCUUCUGUUACUCUGUCUCAACUUGCCCCUCCACGUCCAGCAUCUCUGUCUCAGUGUGGCCCUUCUGUUACUCUGUCUCAACUUGCCCCUCCACGUCCAGCAUCUCUGUCUCAGUGUGGCCCUUCUGUUACUCUGUCUCAACUUGCCCCUCCACGUCCAGCAUCUCUGUCUCAGUGUGGCCCUUCUGUUACUCUGUCUCAACUUGCCCCUCCACGUCCAGCAUCUCUGUCUCAGUGUGGCCCUUCUGUUACUCUGUCUCAACUUGCCCCUCCACGUCCAGCAUCUCUGUCUCAGUGUGGCCCUUCUGUUACUCUGUCUCAACUUGCCCCUCCACGUCCAGCAUCUCUGUCUCAGUGUGGCCCUUCUGUUACUCUGUCUCAACUUGCCCCUCCACGUCCAGCAUCUCUGUCUCAGUGUGGCCCUUCUGUUACUCUGUCUCAACUUGCCCCUCCACGUCCAGCAUCUCUGUCUCAGUGUGGCCCUUCUGUUACUCUGUCUCAACUUGCCCCUCCACGUCCAGCAUCUCUGUCUCAGUGUGGCCCUUCUGUUACUCUGUCUCAACUUGCCCCUCCACGUCCAGCAUCUCUGUCUCAGUGUGGCCCUUCUGUUACUCUGUCUCAACUUGCCCCUCCACGUCCAGCAUCUCUGUCUCAGUGUGGCCCUUCUGUUACUCUGUCUCAACUUGCCCCUCCACGUCCAGCAUCUCUGUCUCAGUGUGGCCCUUCUGUUACUCUGUCUCAACUUGCCCCUCCACGUCCAGCAUCUCUGUCUCAGUGUGGCCCUUCUGUUACUCUGUCUCAACUUGCCCCUCCACGUCCAGCAUCUCUGUCUCAGUGUGGCCCUUCUGUUACUCUGUCUCAACUUGCCCCUCCACGUCCAGCAUCUCUGUCUCAGUGUGGCCCUUCUGUUACUCUGUCUCAACUUGCCCCUCCACGUCCAGCAUCUCUGUCUCAGUGUGGCCCUUCUGUUACUCUGUCUCAACUUGCCCCUCCACGUCCAGCAUCUCUGUCUCAGUGUGGCCCUUCUGUUACUCUGUCUCAACUUGCCCCUCCACGUCCAGCAUCUCUGUCUCAGUGUGGCCCUUCUGUUACUCUGUCUCAACUUGCCCCUCCACGUCCAGCAUCUCUGUCUCAGUGUGGCCCUUCUGUUACUCUGUCUCAACUUGCCCCUCCACGUCCAGCAUCUCUGUCUCAGUGUGGCCCUUCUGUUACUCUGUCUCAACUUGCCCCUCCACGUCCAGCAUCUCUGUCUCAGUGUGGCCCUUCUGUUACUCUGUCUCAACUUGCCCCUCCACGUCCAGCAUCUCUGUCUCAGUGUGGCCCUUCUGUUACUCUGUCUCAACUUGCCCCUCCACGUCCAGCAUCUCUGUCUCAGUGUGGCCCUUCUGUUACUCUGUCUCAACUUGCCCCUCCACGUCCAGCAUCUCUGUCUCAGUGUGGCCCUUCUGUUACUCUGUCUCAACUUGCCCCUCCACGUUCAGCAUCUCUGUCUCAGUGUGGCCCUUCUGUUACUCUGUCUCAACUUGCCCCUCCACGUUCAGCAUCUCUGUCUCAGUGUGGCCCUUCUGUUACUCUGUCUCAACUUGCCCCUCCACGUCCAGCAUCUCUGUCUCAGUGUGGCCCUUCUGUUACUCUGUCUCAACUUGCCCCUCCACGUCCAGCAUCUCUGUCUCAGUGUGGCCCUUCUGUUACUCUGUCUCAACUUGCCCCUCCACGUCCAGCAUCUCUGUCUCAGUGUGGCCCUUCUGUUACUCUGUCUCAACUUGCCCCUCCACGUCCAGCAUCUCUGUCUCAGUGUGGCCCUUCUGUUACUCUGUCUCAACUUGCCCCUCCACGUCCAGCAUCUCUGUCUCAGUGUGGCCCUUCUGUUACUCUGUCUCAACUUGCCCCUCCACGUUCAGCAUCUCUGUCUCAGUGUGGCCCUUCUGUUACUCUGUCUCAACUUGCCCCUCCACGUUCAGCAUCUCUGUCUCAGUGUGGCCCUUCUGUUACUCUGUCUCAACUUCCCCCUCCACGUCCAGCAUCUCUGUCUCAGUGUGGCCCUUCUGUUACUCUGUCUCAACUUGCCCCUCCACGUCCAGCAUCUCUGUCUCAGUGUGGCCCUUCUGUUACUCUGUCUCAACUUCCCCCUCCACGUCCAGCAUCUCUGUCUCAGUGUGGCCCUUUUGUUACUCUGUCUCAACUUGCCCCUCCACGUCCAGCAUCUCUGUCUCAGUGUGGCCCUUCUGUUACUCUGUCUCAACUUCCCCCUCCACGUCCAGCAUCUCUGUCUCAGUGUGGCCCUUCUGUUACUCUGUCUCAACUUGCCCCUCCACGUUCAGCAUCUCUGUCUCAGUGUGGCCCUUCUGUUACUCUGUCUCAACUUCCCCCUCCACGUCCAGCAUCUCUGUCUCAGUGUGGCCCUUCUGUUACUCUGUCUCAACUUGCCCCUCCACGUCCAGCAUCUCUGUCUCAGUGUGGCCCUUCUGUUACUCUGUCUCAACUUCCCCCUCCACGUCCAGCAUCUCUGUCUCAGUGUGGCCCUUCUGUUACUCUGUCUCAACUUGCCCCUCCACGUUCAGCAUCUCUGUCUCAGUGUGGCCCUUCUGUUACUCUGUCUCAACUUCCCCCUCCACGUCCAGCAUCUCUGUCUCAGUGUGGCCCUUCUGUUACUCUGUCUCAACUUGCCCCUCCACGUCCAGCAUCUCUGUCUCAGUGUGGCCCUUCUGUUACUCUGUCUCAACUUGCCCCUCCACGUCCAGCAUCUCUGUCUCAGUGUGGCCCUUCUGUUACUCUGUCUCAACUUGCCCCUCCACGUCCAGCAUCUCUGUCUCAGUGUGGCCCUUCUGUUACUCUGUCUCAACUUGCCCCUCCACGUCCAGCAUCUCUGUCUCAUGUGGCCCUUCUGUUACUCUUGUCUCAACUUCCCCCUCCACGUCCAGCAUCUCUGUCUCAGUGUGGCCCUUCUGUUACUCUGUCUCAACUUGCCCCUCCACGUCCAGCAUCUCUGUCUCAGUGUGGCCCUUCUGUUACUCUGUCUCAACUUCCCCCUCCACGUCCAGCAUCUCUGUCUCAGUGUGGCCCUUCUGUUACUCUGUCUCAACUUCCCCCUCCACGUCCAGCAUCUCUGUCUCAGUGUGGCCCUUCUGUUACUCAGUCUCAGUGUCCCCCUCCACGUCCAGCAUCUCUGUCUCAGUGUGGCCCUUCUGUUACUCUGUCUCAGUGUCCCCCUCCAGCGAUUGAUAAUCAAGUAUCCCUUGUCAAGUGCCCUGUUGAAACAAGGAAAAUAAAUGUCACACAAACACACAAUCUUCAAUCCCCUUCCCUGCAGUCAGAAUUUCAAGAAACCCAACAAGAAUUCACACACAGGACCACGCUGCUGCUGCUUGACCUCACACAAAUGCAUCUGCAUUUGUACUACAGAAAUAAAAUAGCAUUUUACAAAAAGCUGGAGCAAGCCUUCAAAGAAAAAGGUUACAACAUCACCAAUGAAAAAUUGCGCAAAAAACUUGGCAACAUGAUCACUACUUACAAAAGGGCUAAAGACCGGUGUCGAUCAACAGGAGAGGGAAACGUUACAUGGGAGUAUUACAAGGAAAUGGAAGACUUAUUUGGCAAAUCUGGAGUUGGGAGUGCACCAUCAGGCACAAUCUGCUCAACUCCUCUGUUCAACACGACCUCAUCCCAGACCAAGUCCUCAAUUGCACAGGCCACAGGCUCCCAAGAACAGCCUCUCCCAGAAGCACAUUCUCUCCCAGAAGAACAACCAGGUCCCUCCACUGCUAUGCCCUCCAAAGAAAUGCACAGAAGGAGACAAACAUCCACAUUCUGUGAAGUAUAUGAAGCACAUUCAGAGAGGAGAACAGCUGCUCUUGAGUCACUAGUGCGGCCUGACUUGGAGCGCCGAAGAAGGCUUAAAGAGAGGCGGAGAAGGAUGUUUGAAAAAAAAUCUCUUACCUGCCUUGGAGAAAUCCUUGAACAACUAAAAAAAAAAUCAGUAAAUCCCAGGAAAUGAUGAUCGAUCUAUUAAAAAAUAAAG